CAGGCCUGCACUUCACCAGGACCAAGUGAGAGUACUAGUACGCUGGGCUACGUCGCAUCACGGGCAUGAGUCCUCCCCUUACUGUAUCGCCUUACACCGGGUAUCUCAACUCGAGACUCCCACUGAAUCCGCGCCUCCAGGCGAAGUUGACCCUGGCUGAGAUGGGGCCGUCAAUUCCAGAACGAUGGAGCAGCGUGCAAGGAGCAGUGGGCGACCUUGCCGCCAAGCUGGAUGAGGGCCCCCCUGGUAAAAGGCGGGCGACAACGACAUGGACCCCGGCACAAGCAUGUACCAGAGACCCAGAGCAGCGGGAUCAACAGCCCAAGGGCAACAAGAAAAAAGGAACUCGGCCACGGCCAACCUAACAUCGGCAACAUUAUGUCGGUCGUACACCAUGUGUACGAUUUAAAGCGCCGCGCUUAUGCGAAUCUGCGUUACCCUUGCCAACAAACCACGGCUCAUCGACAGCUACGGCAUUCCUCGCGUGUACGCAAUGCGAAAGCAAACUCGCGAGCAAAACAUAGCCCGUUCAGCUACCCGGG